UCGCUCGGCGCCGCGUCUCCGCCGCCGCCUCCGCCUGCGCCUGCUCCUUCUCCUUCUUUUCCUUCUCUUCCUCUGCGUCCUGCGUGGCCGCGACCACUGCGGCGGUGUCUUCUCCACAACUUUCUGAGAAAGUUCAGAAACUCGGCUCCAGAGAGGCCGAGUCGCCCGCGGCAGCCACCUCGGGGAGCUGCCCGGGAGCUCCGAGGGCGCGCGCGACCGCCGGGGCUUCGAGGGCGCUGCACCUGCCAGGUCCGCCGCCGCCGCUGCCGCCUGGUGCCAGGCUGUGGGCAGACCCAGGCGGCGGCGGCAGCGGCGGCGGCGUCGGGGUCACCUCCUGCCGCCUGCGUCUUCGUCUGGGUCCCCGCGCCGCCACCGCCUCCCGCACGUGCGCGGUGGUCCCUGGAGCGCAGGCUCCGUUCUUCCUCAACAAUUUUUGUAACUUUCCCCCUGUCUUCCCUUCUCCCCUUCUCCUCACCCUUACUUUAUGAAUAAGGAAAACAAAAAGUGUCCAAAGUGUUCACCGAUUGCCACCUCCCGAUUAUCCUUCCUUCCCUCCUCCGCCCCACUUUUUUGUUUUUUCAAAGCGGCGACAACAUUGUUUAGUGUUUAUUUUGUUUUACGAUCGAUAGCUUCCUUUGCUCGGUCGCGGCGGCUGCUGAGCGGCGAAGUGGCGCGGACCUCAUGUAGAAAUGACAACAAUGGAAGGGGCCAGCGGGUCGAGUUUUGGAAUAGACACGAUUUUGUCCAGUGCCAGUUCGGGCAGCCCCGGCAUGAUGAAUGGAGAUUUCCGCCCGCUCGGCGAGGCCAGGACCGCGGAUUUUAGGAGUCAGGCCACUCCGUCCCCCUGUUCGGAGAUUGAUACUGUAGGGACGGCGCCUUCUUCUCCCAUCUCCGUCACCAUGGAGCCCCCGGAGCCGCAUCUGGUAGCAGAAGGGCCCCAGCAUCACCACCACCUCCACCACAGCCAGCAGCCGCCGCCGCCAGCCGCGGCCCCCACGCAAAGUUUGCAGCCUUCACCCCAACAGCAGCCGCCGCCGCCGCCGCAGCAGCAGCCACCGGCCCAGCAGCUGGGCCCGGCCGCCUCGGCCCCCAGGACUUCCACCUCUUCUUUUUUAAUCAAGGACAUCUUGGGCGACAGCAAACCUCUGGCGGCGUGUGCGCCCUACAGCACCAGCGUCUCCUCUCCCCACCACACCCCGAAGCAGGAGAGCAAUGCGGCGCACGAGAGCUUCAGGCCAAAGCUGGAGCAGGAGGACAGCAAAACCAAACUCGACAAGCGGGAAGAUUCCCAGAGCGACAUCAAAUGCCACGGAACAAAGGAGGAAGGAGACCGGGAGAUUACAAGUAGCCGGGAGAGUCCCCCUGUGAGAGCCAAAAAGCCUCGAAAAGCCAGGACAGCUUUCUCUGACCAUCAACUCAAUCAACUGGAGCGUAGCUUUGAGCGGCAGAAGUACCUGAGUGUGCAGGACCGCAUGGACCUGGCAGCUGCACUCAACCUCACAGACACCCAAGUCAAGACCUGGUACCAGAACCGCAGGACCAAGUGGAAGCGGCAGACCGCGGUGGGCCUGGAGCUGCUGGCCGAGGCGGGAAACUACUCGGCCCUGCAGAGGAUGUUUCCGUCGCCUUAUUUCUACCACCCAAGCCUGCUGGGCAGCAUGGACAGCACCACGGCCGCCGCGGCCGCCGCAGCCAUGUACAGCAGCAUGUACCGGACUCCUCCCGCGCCCCACCCCCAGCUGCAGCGGCCCCUGGUGCCCCGCGUGCUCAUCCACGGCCUGGGGCCUGGGGGACAGCCGGCCCUCAAUCCCUUGUCCAACCCCAUCCCAGGCACCCCGCACCCCCGGUGAAGAACGAGCGACUGACAGCGCCGCGGUCCCUUCCCCAUCCCCUCCCCGACCGGACAGCUGCCCCUCCUCUCCCCGCUCAAGGCCGCGAGGCCUCUCUCGAUAGCGACCCCGGGAAGCAGGGAAGUGAGAGAAGAAGCCGCACACCAAUGGGAGGGGGGGGCCCCAAAGAGGAGCCAGCCCUCCACUCUCCAUCUCCCCACCCCCAGAAACAGGGCUGGAAAGCUCCCCACAGCAGUGUGACUGGCGAAAAUGCUGCCCCCACAGAAAGUGCGACCAGUAAGUGAAAACAUCAACAAAAACAAAACCUCAAGUUCUUUUUAAAAAUGACUUUACGGACAAGCAGGAGGGAGGGAGGGGGGAGGGGAAAGGAGGGAAGAAGGAAGGGCACGGAGAGGAAGCCGUAGGGGCAGAGAGAAUUGUAGAUGGACAGCCAGCCUCAGAUUCCGAGGCACAGGGCGUUGCUGUGGACGUUCCAUCUGCCCCAGAGAAAAGAGGAGGGUAACUGAGAACUUUGCACUGAUUUCUCAUGACCUUUUUUCUUUUGGAAAAGUGGCAUGCUCCAUAAUAUGAAAAAAAAAUGUACAUUUGAAAGACUGAGUGAUAAGUGAUAUAUCAUAUUUAUUAUAUGUUGUCCAAAAAAGAGUCACUUAUAUACGUUAGUAAAACAUGAUUUUUCUUUUCAUGUCUUUUUGAUUCAGUAAAAUAAAUGCUUAGACAAAAAUAUAGAUUUUUUUGUGAUUGAAAAUUACAAAAAUAAAGUUUAUCUUUUUUUAACAAGCGAUGAAAUUCAAGGGAGCUGAUUUUACUAAAGCAGAACGUACUAUGAUGAAAUGCCUGACUUGGUUUAGGGGGAAAAAAUCCCUCCCAUCGUAUUAGGAAUUUACAAAAUCUGUAACGACUUUGGGUUGAGUUAUAUAAAAGCAGCUCCAGUUUUCA